AGGGGGACGAUCUAGAACACACCUGGGGACUCAGAGUCGCCCACUUUCCUGUCUUGCAGCCAUGACGCCUGAGAGCUCCGGCCCCCAGAACCCCAGCUGCCACAUCAUGACAUUCUACCCAACCAUGGAGGAGUUUAUGGACUUCAACCAAUUUAUCGCUCAGAUGGAAUCUCAGGGUGCACACCGAGGAGGCCUGGCCAAGGUCAUCCCACCCAAGGAGUGGAGGGCCAGACAGAGCUACGACGACAUGGAUGACAUCUUGAUAGCCCGCCCCCUCCAGCAGAAGGCCUAUGGCGGGGCAGGUGUCUUCACUCAGUUCCACAGAAAGAGGAGAGCCAUGACCCUGAGACAGUAUCGCCAGCUGGCCACCAGCACAAAAUACCAGACCCCAGCGCACCUGACUUUCGAAGAGUUGGAGCAAAAGUACUGGAAGACCCGUGUCUACGAUGCCCCGAUCUACGGCGCUGGCAUCAGCGGCUCUCUGUUUGAUGAAAACACGGCACACUGGAACCUCAGGCGCCUGGGCUCGCCUCUGGACCUGCUGGCGCAGGAGUGCGGCGUCGUCAUCGAGGGCGUCAACACGCCCUACCUGUACUUUGGCAUGUGGAAGACCACGUUCGCCUGGCACACGGAGGACAUGGACCUGUACAGCAUCAACUACCUGCACUUCGGGGAGCCCAAGACGUGGUACGCGGUGCCCCCGGAGCACGGGCGGCGCCUGGAGCGCCUGGCCGGGCAGCUGUUCCCGGGCAGUUCCCGCAGCUGCCAGGCCUUCCUGCGGCACAAGGUGGCCCUCAUCUCGCCCAGCGUCCUGCGGCAGAACGGCAUCCCCUUCCGCCGCGUCACUCAGCAGGCUGGCGAGUUCAUGGUGACCUUUCCUUACGGCUACCACGCGGGCUUCAACCACGGCUUCAACUGCGCCGAAGCCAUCAAUUUCGCCACCCCGCGCUGGAUCGACUAUGGCAAAGUGGCCUCCCAGUGCAGCUGCGGGGAGGCCAGGGUCACCUUUGACAUGGACCCCUUCGUUCGUAUCCUGCAACCCGAGCGCUACGAGCUGUGGAAACGCGGGCAAGACCGUGGCGCUGUGGCCCUCCCGGAGCCCAUGGGCCAAACAAGCCAGGAUCCACACACUAGCCGGGAGCCAGGCACCAGCCAGCGCUUCUCACCAGCCAGGGGCCAAGCCUCAGCCAGGAGCCACGCAGCA